GCUGUCACUUUGGCAAAUCGAAUCAGCGGAUCAGAAUUAUUUUAGAAUUAGAAAGAAAAAACCGUCGGACUCUGUCUCUCAGUCGUGUUUCCCUCUUCAUUCGCAAUUCACAAUCUCCCUUUCGAAGAUCUGACUCUUUGAUCGGAAGCAAUAACAGAAUUAGAGCUUCAUCAGUUGCGAAGGAACUAACACAAAGAUAUGCUCUUGGAGAGGGGCACGUUUCCUAAACCUUCCUGUCGGCUUUCAUCUGAUUUCUGAUAACUGCAUGCCAGAAGUAAGGUCGAUGCAUCCAAAAAGUGAAUUCUUGAAAUUGCAGACGAAAAAACGAAGAAUGCAUAGAAAGUCUCAUGUUUCAUAUUAUCUUUUCCAUGUGGGUCGAACUGUUUUAAAGUUAAAAGAAAAAGGUUCCCAUAGCUUCUGUUUGCAUUUGGUUAUGACUACUCUAUCAUCGCCAAAUAGUUCAACUGUUUCACCUUCUCGAGGAACGAUUUCGCCAGCAGCCUUUGGGACAUAUGAAUCUCCCAUGCUUGGGGCCUCUCAUUCUGGCCAUUCUGAACCGGAGAUCAGUGACAGUGAUGAAACGGAGCUACACUCUGUAUCGUGGAAUCAGGAUUAUAGUUGCUUUGCUGCUGGCACAAGUCGUGGCUUUCGUGUGUAUAACUGUGACCCUUUCAAAGAGACUUUCAGACGUGAUCUGAAAAGUGGUGGAUUUAGAAUUGUGGAGAUGCUGUUCCGAUGCAAUAUUUUAGCACUUGUGGGUGCUAAAGCCAAUACCCAGUACCCUCCUAAUAAAGUUAUUAUAUGGGAUGACCAUCAGAGCCGGUGCAUAGGUGAAUUUUCAUUUAGGUCUGAGGUUCAUGCAGUGAAACUAAGACGGGAUUGUAUUGUUGUAAUUCUUGAGCACAAGAUAUAUGUCUACAAUUUGAUGGAUCUGAAGCUUCUUCAUCAGAUAGAGACUGUGGCCAAUCCUAGGGGACUUUGCUGCCUCUCACACCAUUUAAAUACAUCUGUAUUGGCUUGCCCAGGCCUUCGAAAAGGACAAAUCCGAGUUGAGCAUUUUGGCCUGAAUAUGACAAAGUUAAUCAAGGCACAUGAUUCUCAAGUAGCAUGCUUAACCUUGACUAUUGAUGGGCUGCUUCUUGCAACAGCAAGCACUCGAGGAACUUUGAUAAGACUCUUCAACACCAUGGAUGGGACUCAGUUGCAAGAGGUGCGUAGAGGGGUCGACAGAGCGGAUAUCUGUAGUAUCGCUCUAUCACCAAAUGUUCAGUGGUUGGUCGUCUCGAGCGACAAAGGUACCAUCCAUGUAUACAGCCUGAGAGUACGUGUUGUUGGGGAGGAUGCUGCAGCUGAUGCUGCUGUUAGAACUCCAACAUUGUUAGGUCAAACUUCAUCAGCUUCUCUUGAUGCACUUAUUUCUCCAAGUACUGGAGCCAACCCUGGUUCAUCGUUUUCUUUCAUGAAAGGAGUUUUGCCAAAAUACUUUAGCUCUGAAUGGUCAUUUGCUCAAUUUCGCUUGCCAGAAUGUACCCAGUACAUUGCUGCUUUUGGUUCUCAGAACACAAUUAUUACUGCUGGCACUGAUGGAAGGUACCUAUCACUCUUCUGGCUCAGUAUGUCACUCUAUUGCAAUGUCGGUCAGCAAAUUCAAUUUAACCUUUUAACAUCUGUUCUUUUGACGCUUUGGGUGGAGACGGGAUUUGAAAACUCCCCCACCCCCUACACACCAAAAAGAAACUUAGCAUUAGUGCAAGUAUUCUGGCAUUAGAACUAAAAAGUUCAUACUAAUUCCGAUAGCCGGAUCUCCUUUAUCUCACCUCUUGUUGGACUUCUGUCAGUUUCUAUAGGUGCAGCUUCGAUCCUGUGAAUGGAGGACAAAUGGUACAGCAAGAAUAUGUCCGCUUUCUGAAAACAGAAAGUAGGCCGAGAUAGUUUGUUUAAAGAGAAGUACUUUCCUUGUAAAUAAAUCUCAAGUUUGACUCUAUUGUGAAAAGAAAUGAAACACCACCAGUAAAUAAGUAAUGUUUGCCGAUUAAUGUGUAUAGAAUGGCAAAUGUGGCUCUCUCUAUAUUAUCUGCUGUGUUUUUUAUACUAAUGUACUUUAUUCUGUGUACUAAUACAUGGAACUGCUGCAUCA